UUUAACCAAUGAGCUGAAUUGAGGCUUGGCUUCGAGGUGGGGAUUCUAUCUAGAAACGCCUUCUUCUCCCUCCCUAUUGAAAAAUCUUCAAAAUUGCUUUCGGAAAACUGAAUUUAGGGUGCGUGUUCUACGUCUUCUACGCCGAUAACAACUUCCGCAGCUGCUCCUCAACUUCUUUUUCAAUCGAAACAUCCAAUUCAAGCGCAGGUUUCAAAUGUUAUAUGCAGUAUCGGUCCAAAGUGUUUGCUUAUUGUCCAAUUCGAGUAGCGCCCAUUUCCGUCCUCGUUUGCGAAAGCGUCUAGUUCCGACGAGACUCUCCGUUCGAGCUUCGUUGCUUGACAAUGAUAAUGGCGUUAAAGUGGAGUAUACUCCGUGGCUUAUUGUUGGACUGGGUAACCCUGGAAAUAAGUACCAUGGAACUAGGCACAAUGUUGGUUUCGAAAUGAUUGAUAGUAUUGCUCAAGCGCAGGACAUUUUGAUGAACACAAUUCAAUCCAAAGCUCUGAUUGGAAUAGGUUCAAUUGGAGAAGUGCCAAUUUUGUUGGCAAAGCCUCAGACUUACAUGAAUUUCUGCGGAGAAUCGGUUGGACCACUUGCUGCACAUUAUCAAAUACCUUUACGGCAUAUCUUGUUGGUUUAUGAUGAAAUGAGCUUGCCAAAUGGCGUUCUCAGGCUACAGCCAAAAGGAGGACAUGGCCAUCAUAAUGGGGUGAAGAGUGUAAUGGGACAUCUGGAUGGCCGACGUGAGUUUCCCCGACUAUGCAUUGGAAUUGGAAACCCACCUGGAACUAUGGACAUGAAAGCUUUUCUUCUCCAGAAGUUUGGUUCAGUUGAGCGAAAACAGAUCGAUGCGGCACUGGAACAGGGGGUUGAGGCAGUGAGAACUCUUGCACUGAACGGAUUUAGUCAAAGAGUCAACAGAUUCAACUUGACCCAGAAAUACAAGUAUAAUAAGGUUUGAUUCUGUGGGAAAAAGAUUGUUGAGUUUCAUCAUAUUUGUUAGAUAAUCAACUCUGAUAGAAAUGAAUUGGUGUUGAAAGAGGCUGGACAUAAAAUUGUGUUUGCACCAUAUGAAUAUGCUGAUUCAGUGUUCAUAAAUCUAGAGAAGGAAAGCUAAAUAGCUCAGUUUACCAGAAUA